CGUAUCUUUAACUAUAAACAUAAGGGAAAAAUAUUCCUGCACAUUAUAGGUAGUGAUUAUAAAAACAUAAAAGCUAACCAAUGAAUGAAGAUAUACCCACCAAUUGCUUGAAUCCUAGAACGACUGAAGCACCACCAAAAGAAGCACACAUGGAAAACCCAAAUCAUCCCAAAUUACGAAAGAAAACCUUCAAAAGCCUCGCUUCAAAAUUAAACUGCAUGACCUACAGACUAAGUUCGUCAAUAGAAAAUGCAACUACCUCUAGUCUAUCUUCUGAAGAUACUUAUAACAAAAGUACUACUUCAACCAUAGAUGACUGUGAAAGUUGGGAUCGUGGAAGUGGAUCAUCUGAAGCGGAGUAUGAGGAAGUAUUGUACAACAGCAUUUAUGACACAGCAGAAGAUAGCAAGAUGCCAAGUGAAGAAGAAGUUGAAUAUGCUUCAAGUCAAAAUUCUACUUACCAGAAUCAGUUUGAUGAUAGUGACGUAUUUGUGGAGCCUCCACCUUCGCCAAUGGAGAAUCAAAACAAAACUAAAGAUGUCAGAGAGAAGCCAAGUGUUCCUCCGAAGCCGCAAAAUUUGGCUAAAGUGUCUCCAAAGCAACAAAAGGUUUUGUUGACAAAAGGAAGUGUCGAUGUCGCGUUAUCUUAUCAUAGGCUAGAAGAACUUGGUUCUAAAAGUAAGAUUACCAGUAAAGAUGUUCAAGAGACUCUACGUAUUGUUAAGGAAUUGGAAAAUAUGUUUCAUGAUAAAGUGAAUGAAAUACUGAAUAAAUUUAAAGAAGAUUGAUCUAGUAAAAAGUGGCUUUUAAUAAUAAUAAUAAUAACACAAGUCAAUAUAACAGAAGGGCUCAGUUACAAGAAGAAAAUAAAUGACAAACAAUACAUAUAAUAACAAACAGUGCAGAUUACACACACUUAAAUAUGGUUAAGCGGAUGACAAUAAAAGUAUAAAAGAUAAAAUUAUUACAAACUACGUUAAAAUCAAUAAAUAAAUAGCUAGAUUCUUUUUUAC